UACUUCCUGGAGCUGCAGUUUGCUUAAGGAAGUGCAUUCUCAAGCCUGGCGGGGCCCCAGCCCACAAGGCAGACCUACAGCUGAUGGACUGUCUGGGGUCUUGUGCAGCCUGGCUCUGCCCCAUGGCUGAACUGUUGCUGAGCAGAAAUAGUUUGCAGAGGGCUGUUCAGUUCGGAUCUAUUUGCCCAGUGCUCUGGGCCAUGAGAAAUUGUGUAAAGAGCCUCUGUGGGAGAAUAACAAUGUACACGGAAAAGGGGUGUCGUCUGUUGGGAUCCUAAAGGAGACCUACAGGCUGGCUUUGUUACUGUUGACUGGGAAAUACCUUGUUUUGUGUGUAAAGCUUUGCGCUGUAAUUUGCAUCAAGUGUUGGAAAAGAGUACAUAUAUUCUAAAUCAUUUUCUUUUCUCCCCUUGCAGGAAGUGCUCAAAUAUCACACACACACACACACACACACACACACACACACACACAGAAAGAGGAAACGGAUUGGAACUUAGAAGUCAUGUGACUGAUGACUAAGUUGACUCUUUCCUACUUACUGAAAGGGAAGAAGAGCCUGAGGAUGAGUUGCUGGUUCUCCUUGCAUUUGUAAAGUUUUGGAGCUAUUAAAUCAUGUUCCCACUUAUGCUUUUUUCCACCCUGUUUUCUUCCACGUUGCCUGAACCCGGGGAGCACUGGAUCUGCAACUCCUCUGAUGUGAGCCUUUGGUAUAGCUACUGCGAUAACAUGAAAUAUCCUAUUUCAAUAAGAAGUGAACCCUGUGUAGAAUUGAAGGGAAGCAAAGGAUAUUUGCAUAUUUUCUUCAUUCCAAGAAGAGACAUAAAAAAUUUAUAUUUCAAUCUAUAUUUAUCUUUUAACACUGUGGAUUUUCCGAUGCGCAAAGAAGUCAUUUGCCGAGGAUCUGAUGAUGAUUAUUCUUUUUGUAGAGCUCUAAAGGGAGAGACUGUGAAUACAACAGUGCGAUUCUCCUACAGGGGCAUCCUGUUCUCUAAGGGAAAGUACAGAUGUGUUGUGGAAGCCAUCACUGGGAAUACUGAAGAAAUGCUCUUUUGUUUGAAUUUUACCAUCAUACACCACCCUACUUUCAAUUAGAAUAAAUCUAAUGUGCCAGCCACUGAAGCAAGUCUUGCCCCAGAAGGGUGUCUUCAGCACAGAAGUUCUCCCACUGCAGACAGCUGAUUCUCACAGCCAAUUGGCCAGGAGGUCAAUUCAUCCCAGUGAUAACUACAACAAU